UCUUUUUUCUCUCUCUAAAAGUAAGAAAUGAUUAAAAUGCUGGAGAGAUUCCAGUUAUUUGUGAGGAAAACGAUGGAGUAGAUCCCACUCCAUUCCCCAGAAAGCAAAAUCCCACGAACCCUAAAAAAUUCUUAAUGUCAUUGUGAAACCCCACACCCAAAUCGUAUAUAUGUAUAUAAGACAGCCUUGCAAACUAUAUAUAUAUUGUGUGUGCCAGUUCAUAGCUCAUUUUUUACUCUCUCUGUCUACGCUCUGUCUUGCUUCCCCCCAGAUCUUACGGUCUUGAAGUUCCCAAUAAAGAAGGUUCUGCUUCUACAGAUUCGUGGAAUUUGGGCGCUCUGCGGAUGGAAGUUUGAGGUUGAUUUGGUUGAGAGCGGAGCGAAAUGGACGGUGGUGAUGGGACAGUCAGGCUCGGAGCUCUGAACUUGAAGCCGGAUCGGAGCGGCCUUGAUUCGGGUCCCGAUGUGUCUGUUUCUUCUCCCGUAACUCGGCAGAAAGCCGCCGCUGCCAAGCAGUUCAUAGAGAAUCAUUACAAGAACUAUCUCCAAGGUCUUCAGGAUCGUAAAGAGAGACGGAGAACACUUCAACGAAGAGUGCAAGAAGCUCAGAUGUCAACUGAGGAACAAGAGGAGAUGCUUAGGAGCUUGGAACGCAGAGAAACAGAAUUUAUGAGACUGCAAAGACGUAAAGUUGGGAUCGAUGACUUUGAACAAUUAACAGUUAUCGGUAAAGGUGCAUUUGGUGAGGUCAGAUUAUGUCGUGCAAAAGGAACAGGAGAAAUUUUUGCCAUGAAGAAGCUGAAGAAAUCAGAGAUGCUCAGCCGUGGGCAGGUUGAGCAUGUUCGUUCUGAGAGGAAUUUACUUGCAGAGGUUGAUAGUCGGUGCAUUGUAAAGCUCUUCUAUUCUUUUCAAGAUUCCGAAUUCUUAUACCUUAUUAUGGAGUAUUUACCUGGUGGUGACAUUAUGACAUUACUGAUGAGAGAAGACAUUCUGUCAGAGGAUGUUGCUCGUUUUUACAUAGCGGAGAGCAUUUUAGCUAUUCAUUCAAUCCAUCAGCACAAUUAUAUACAUAGGGAUAUAAAACCAGAUAACCUGAUACUGGAUAAAAAUGGCCAUCUGAAGCUUUCAGAUUUUGGCUUGUGCAAGCCUCUGGAUGAUAAGUAUUCAAGUAUACUUUUGAAUGACGAAGAUUUUACAGCCCAGCAGGCCAAAGGUGAAGUUCAAGGUCAUACUGACUCUAAUGGAUCCCAGUGGAUGAUGCCAAAAGAACAGAUUCAACAGUGGAAGCGUAAUCGUCGUGCACUGGCUUUUUCUACUGUUGGGACCCUGGAUUAUAUGGCACCUGAAGUAUUGCUUAAGAAAGGAUAUGGAAUGGAGUGUGAUUGGUGGUCGUUAGGGGCCAUUAUGUAUGAGAUGCUGGCUGGCUAUCCUCCUUUUUGUUCUGACGAUCCAAGGAUGACUUUUCGCAAGAUAAUAAAUUGGAGAACUUGCCUGAAAUUUCCCGAGGAACCAAAAAUCUCAGAAGAAGCUAAGGACCUGAUCAGCCACUUGCUAUGUGAUGUCGAAAUGAGGUUGGGAACACGAGGAGUAGAAGAAUUAAAGGCACAUCCAUGGUUCAAAGGCAUCCAGUGGGAUAAGCUGUAUGAAAUGGAAGCUGUGUAUAAACCAACCGUCACUGGAGAACUAGACACUCAGAACUUUGAAAAGUUUCCUGAAGUUCAAGACCCUCCAUCAGAAAUGCCAACUGUUGGACCUUGGAGGAAGAUGCUGACUUCAAAAGAUACCAAUUUCAUUGGGUUUACUUUUAAGAAGUCAAACGUCAAAUCACUUGAGAGUACAGGUACGGAUGUGCAUUCGAAUGCGUCAUCGAAGACACCAUCUUUGGUUUCCUUGUUGGGUCGAAUAGACUUGCAAGAAACUGCGAUACCUGAAAUUGAGCAAAAGCAGGAAUCAUAAGCCUUUCUUCUUCUGAUCACAUCCCAUUUCCUGUGAGUAAAAUGUGCUGAAUAGAAAUUACACAAGAUGAUGUUUGCCCACAGUCUGGUAUGAAAGGUGAUAUGGAUAUAAAGAUUAUCACUUUUAAAAGCUCGCAAAGAUACUGCUUACCUUUUGAAUAUUACGAUAUCUCAUUACAACUGUAAAGCAUAAUAAGCAUUGAAUUGAAUAUGAUUAAUUUUUCUUCUUGACCUCUUCAUUCCCAUUUUGUUUAUUGAACCUUGUAAUCAUUCUGCCGAAUUGAUGCAAUUUUGUCGGUUAAAGUGGAUCCAAUGCUUGUUCAAGUUAUCAUUCGAAUC